CGCUUUUUCAGUUAAAGCUGAAAUUUAGUUCAGAAGGUGGGACGUCACGAGGAGGGAGAGGCGGAAGCGAAAACAAGAAGCUUACGGCGGGAAAAAGAAACAGAGCAAAGAACCGCAGAGCAAACCUCCAUUCUCUCUCUGCUUCCUUUCUUCGUUCCGGAGAGAUUUUAUGCAGAAUUUUUGCGGAGGAAGGAGGCGGAAGAUAGACCUUCUGCACUAACAUUUUCAAUCUCUUCAAUCUUCUGAUCUCGACUUCGGUAACCGACUCCGUUGCAGGGGAGAUAAGCAAGCAGGGCUGAAACCCAGUUUGAUUACACUAUUCAACAAGAAAUGGACGAAAUGUAGCUUGUCUUAAGUAGACAUGGAGACUAGCAGCGGAGGAAGCUCCGAUGAGGGUCGCCGCAUAUUCAAGGUUGAUACAUGGUGUAGCCAAUUUCGCAAUGGGUCCAAUCCUUGGAUGGCAAGAUAUAUUUAUGCUUUAAUGUUUCUAAUUGCUAAUUUGUUGGCUUGGGCUGUCCGGGAUUAUGGCCGUGGCGCUUUGACGGAGAUGGAAAGAUUAAAAGGAUGUCACGGGGCGCGUGAUUGUCUAGGUGCUGAAGGUGUUCUUCGUGUAAGCUUGGGUUGCUUUAUAUUUUAUUUCACCAUGUUUCUUUCUACAACUGGCACUUCAAAGAUGCGAGAACGCAGAAGUGCUUGGCAUUCUGGAUGGUGGUCUGCGAAGAUUAUCCUAUGGAUUGCCUUCACAAUCAUUCCCUUUGUGCUUCCUGCCACCGUUAUUCGGCUAUAUGGGGACGUUGCACAUUUUGGAGCCGGGGUAUUUCUUCUGAUUCAGCUUGUAAGCGUGAUAAGCUUUAUAACAUGGUUGAAUGAUUGUUGUCAGUCCGACAAGGCUGCAGACAGAUGUCAAAUACACAUCAUGUUACUUGCAACAAUGGCAUAUGUCAUCUGUUUAGUUGGGAUCAUUUCGAUGUACAUUUGGUAUGUGCCUCAGCCGACUUGUCUUCUCAAUAUUUUUUUUAUUACGUGGACAUUGGUACUACUUCAACUCAUGACCAGUGUUUCUCUCCAUCCAAAAGUGAAUGCUGGCAUCUUGACUCCGGGUUUGAUGGGGCUCUAUAUAGUAUUUAUCUGCUGGUGUGCCAUUCGGAGUGAACCAGGAGGAGGUAAAUGUAUCAGAAACGCAGAGACUUCAACCAAAACCGAUUGGCUUACCAUUAUAAGCUUUAUCGUUGCUGUACUCGCAAUGGUUAUAGCAACAUUCUCCACCGGAAUAGACUCCAAAUGCUUCCAGUUCAGGAAGGAUGACAAUCAGGACGAGGAAGAUGAUGUCCCUUAUGGCUAUGGUUUUUUCCACUUGGUUUUUGCCACCGGAGCAAUGUACUUUGCAAUGCUUUUGAUUGGUUGGAAUACGCAUCAUCCCAUUAGAAAGUGGACAAUUGAUGUCGGGUGGACAAGCACUUGGGUUAGGAUUGUUAAUGAAUGGCUUGCUGUCUGUGUUUACUUAUGGAUGCUGGUGGCUCCAGUGAUAUGGAAGAACAGGCAGAUGGUAGUUGGAGCUGUUUGAUGAUAUGACAAAACCGACCCUCAAAAACAUUUACACCAUCUCUAUUCAAAUUUCUUGCCCACAAAAUUCAAAAUACAUCUAAUUUCCAUAAGCCCCUAUUUUUUUUAUUUUGUUUUGAUGACCGGAGAAAGGGAAUAUAUAUAUGUAUUUGUAGUGCCCUUAAACAUUACCUCAUUUUGUAAAUAUAUAGUAGUUUAUUAAACCUCAUUA